CGAAAUGGCGGUCGGUAAAAUUGAACCAUUCGACGAGAACAAAGAUAAGUGGUCGUCAUACGUGGACCGUCUUGAACAAUAUUUUGUUGUCAAUAGUGUUGAUGAAACAAAGAAAGUUGCUACACUAAUUACCUUAAUCGGCGGCCCUACUUAUGAACUGUUAGUAACCCUUUGUUCACCAAAGAAACCCCACGAAUUGAAAUAUGAUGACAUUAAUAAAAUUAUGCUACAACAUCUGCAACCAACGCCUAGCAAAUUAGCUGAGAGGUACAAGUUUCGACAAAGAACGCAAACUAAAAGUGAGUCUAUUUCGGACUACGUGGCAGCUUUGAAGAAGUUAGCUAGAACGUGUGAUUUCAAGACGGGAUUAGACGAGAAUUUAAGGGAUCAGCUUGUCUGUGGAUUGUUUAGCGAGACGAUCAGACAGAGACUUUUUGCGGAAGAUGACAUUAAAUUGUCAAAAGCUUACAAACUAGCCACCGCCUUAGAAGCGGCAGAGACGAACGCGGCGGCAGUGAUGAACGGCAAGCGGCCGAACGACGACGGUGCAGUGGAAUGUCAUGCUGUCACGAGUGAAACUCACCGCAGCGAGGGACGACGCGCGGCAGCGGCAAGCGGCGAGCGAGCGCGAGGCCGUUACGGCGAUGGCGCAGCCGGCGGGAGCGGCGCGCCGGGCGCAGCUGGGACUUCGGGCACGGGCCAGUGGCGCGGGUCAGGCUAG